UCCAACAAUGACUGUUUUGGUGGAAACCACGUGACUGACUCCUCUAGUAGGACGUCCCCUCUCGUCUUUUGAGUCCAUAACAAACAAGUCGCAGAUAAGGGGACGAGAACAACCCUCCCGUGGGUCGGGUCUACUAAAACUCCUCAACGUGACACUGUUUAUUUCCACGGGGGCUGUCGGGGACUUUCAUUCCUCUGUCACUGGAUGAAUUGUGCGUCGUUUGUGGACGAAACGCUCAAACAGCUAAACUCCGUUUUUGAAAACUUUGAGAUUCAGACGCUGAUGGGACAUGGCCAUGGCCUCUCCAUCAGCAUCAAUCGCAGGACCAGCUACGGUAUCUGAGCUCUCCCGCCUGGGGGGCAUCGAGGCCUUGAAUCUGAAGGUGGGACCGGCGCGGCGGAACCUCUUCGGGCCCGUGGACCACCAGCAGCUGCAGCAGGACUUCCAGAGGCUUCUCUGCAUGAGCGUGGAGGUGGCCAACAAGCGGUGGAACUUCGAUUUCCAGACCGACGUGCCGGGGGAGGGCGCCAACAUCGAGUGGGAGGAGCUCAAGUGCCAGGACGUGCCGGCGUUUUACCGCAGCUGCAUGGUGAGGCCGGCAGCGCGGAGUCCUGGCGUCGCAGGGAUGGCGAAGAGCACGUGGCGGACGUCGUCUUCAUCAGGCGAGGGUUCCCCGAUGUCCAGCAGCUCAUCCGGGUCUGGGUCUGGCGAUGAGUACCUUGAGGUGACUACCAGGGGGUGCUACAGGAUUCAACGGUCAGGGAAACGCAGACAGUCCGCCAUCACAGAUUUCUUCAAGGUGAAGAAGAGGAGGCUUCUGCAUUACAAAGCCUCUUCCAGGCAGUAGGAAAGCACAACAAGACCCAGUGGAGGAUCACCAAGUGGUCCACAUCCCCUCCACACGUCACCUCACAUAGAUAUGUCUCAUAUCAUAUGUAUAUAUGUAGCAAUUUGUAACUGACUGUCCACAAGCUCGUACAGCUUGGGCUUAAAAAACUCCUCUGACACCACAUACCUUUAGUUCUCAGCACAAGGAAGCUACAGUUUUCCUAGUUAACCAAGCUCGGACGCUAGAAACGGUUUUUGUGGAUAAAUAGAAAUAUUAUAUAUAUAUACUGUAUAUAUUCUAUAUACUGUUUUCCUCAGUUGACUAUACUGUGAAAUCAUUUUGAAUGCACUCUUUCAGGAAAUACCAGAAAACGGGCUUUAGUUCUGCGAGGGUAAUUUUCUUCUGAACGGGCCUCUGAUAGUGUUCGACCUCAGUCCUCGACCUUUUUCUUUUCUCCCUCUCGCUAAAAGUCAUGGGAGGUUUCGAUUAGAUGAGUUUCUAUUCCUGGCCUCGCAUCUCACUUAGCCUUUAGUCCGAAAAAAGCUGGAGGUGAAUCAGGGGUCAAAACCUCACCCGGGGUUCAAAAAUUUUAGCAGCAUGGCUGUGAUUAGCACCAGGGUUAAAGGUCAACGGUGGAGGUUUAGCAAUGAGGUAAAGUGACUUAAUUUUUUUGAAUAAUAAUAGAAAUGUUCCAUGUUUGACUAUUUAUUUAUUAUUCACGAUGCUAGAUCAUCGUCUAAAUAAAAUAAAGAUUUUAAAAAAGCAAUGUGUAAAGCGAGGUAAGAUAAGGUGUUAGUGGAAACCUGUGCCAUUGCCCCCAAAUUAUGCCUUCGACUAUAAGUCAUUAUGGCUGAUAUACACUCCACCGUUGCCACUUAAAAGUAUUGGCCAUAUAUAUUUUACACCAUCACAACAUAGCAAAAGACGUACUAACUGCAAACUAUCUUCUGUUUUUGCUUUGUAUUAUUUGCAUAAUGGGGUUGUAAAAAUCAAAUUUUUGGCGACAGACCAGAACAUACCUUAUUUAGCUGUAUGUUUUUAUCAGCUUUAUGCUUUUAAUAAUGUAGCAUUUUCUACUCUUUGUCUUCAUGUGACGUCCACCUUCUGGUUUUCAACACGCCUCUUUUCUCCAUGAAGGGAACGUAGUGUUUAAUCACUGUGCUGCAGCUCAGAGGAAUCAAAACUUUUGGUUCUGCUUUUAGAUAAUUUUUUUCAUAUGAAGACUUGAGCUGCGUCACAUUAUCUGUCGCCGUGCAGUUUUCUAAGCUUUGUGUACACAUGCAUUAUAAGUGUUUGUGUGUCUGUGUGUGAAUGAGUCCGUGUGGUUUCAUCUUGAGGCUUUCACCAGUUGUAAAAGUUGUGGCAGCUGAGGCAGUUGAACCAAAGAGAAAUUGCAGUGCCAAUUAGUAGCUUACUGUUUGAGUGAUCAGUUAUGGGUCGUAGAAAGUGUCAGACUCAUAUCAAGUGAAAACACACUAAAAAAGACAACACCACUGUGUUUUUAAACCAAGUUUUCUAGUAUGGUGUGAUCCAUAACUGCUCAGCCAAACAGGAUGUGCCCACUUCUCUCUCCCUAUCUACAGUCAUUCUAGUUUGCAUUUGGAUAAAAAGCCAUAACCUGAAUUAAUCCAGUCUUUCUACCUCAUCAAGUGAGUCAGUAACUCAAACAAGUUACAUACAAAAAAAAAAAAAAGAAGAAGAAAAAAAAUUCAAAACAAAACCAAUGUAGCUCAGGUUGUUUACGUCUGCAGGCACGAAAGAGAGACCGAGAGACCGAAGCAAUUAUUGUGUUGUGGUAAAAGCUGUCGAGGUUCAGCGCUCCGUGUAGAGUUUCACAUCAGGUAAAAGAGUCAGUGUGUCAGAGCGGGGCCCUGCUUCAUGCAGAGGAAACUCCGCUCCCUCAGGAGGGGGGAGGAGAGGGGGGAGGAGGGGGGAGCCAGGCAGCUUUUGUUGUCUCUCACUGCCUCACUUUGCUUUGACAGCUUUCCCAGAAACAGACAGAGCGGAGGAAUAGCGGUGAUGUGGGGGAAGGACGAGGGAAAAGCGACAAAUCUUAAAUGGAAAGGGGGGGGGGGGGUGUCAGAGCCCGUCUGGAUCAAAGGAUCGCUCCGGCCAGACGAGUGGCCCGAGAUUCAGACAAGCCUUUGUCUGCCCCCUUAAAAGUCUCUCAGUCUCUCUUUCAUGAACCACUCGCCUCAGUCUCUGCGAAGAAUCGGCAUGAAAGCAGUCGUUCAUGAUCACGUUAACAUAAUGUUGGGUUUUUUCACGGCUCCACACAGAUUUAAAAAUAGCCCACAUGGCUGUUUAAGAUUAUUUUAAAUUCGUCAGGAUUUCAUGUUUUUCUAUCAGUUUAUCUGUGUGUGUGUGUGUGUGUGUGUGUGUGAGACAGUGUGUGUGUGCACCUAUCUCCUCAGUGUGUUAAAGACAAAACUUUCAAAGUUCUAUAUUAACUUAUUUUGAGUUUAUAUCGUUUUACAGGGAAGUGAUUAGAAAUUCCCAGGGUUUUUUUUUUUGCUAUAACUAACUAAUUGUGUUAUUUCUGAAACUAUAUCUUUGCACUACUUUAAACAUUGUUGACAAGAGAACUAUUUUUUUAAGGUAAUCUUUAAAAAAAACAAAACAUUAUAACAUCAUUAAGAAACUGAGGCACAGAUUAGGAAUUUCUUGACCAUUAAACCUUUUUCCUGCCUUCACACUGUUGGACGUCAAUUCUAACAUGCUCACUGGUUUCUUAAAGGUUUUCUUUUUAAUCUUCCUCGAGUCUGACGGCAGGAAAAACAACAACAAAAAAAACCUAAAAUGUCAGAGUCAAGACAGAUCCUGUCGGUGUCUCACUGUGCCUGAGCAAACUUUGCUUUCCUAAUUCACCUGUCGCAGCUAUCUCAAAGUGUAGCGUUUUUGUAUAUGCAUGAAUGUAUGAUAAUCUUUGUAUACCAUUUGUAAUAAUUUUAUUGUAAUUUAAUACUGAUAUAUGUAUCCUUGCAACAUGUAAGAAGUGUAAUUGUAUGGGAUCAGGAUCAUAUCCUCUUUGAUAGUUAUAUUUGUAUAGAAAAUGUUCAGAGAUUCCAUUGAUGGGUUGUUGGUGCACUGUUGCCUUUCAUAAUGUUGAUUUCAUAUAGUGUGCUCAAAAUAAUAAAAUGAUGAAUGAGAAUUGAUAAAACCACAAAA